CUGCACAAAACAUUCCCAACUCAUCCGUCUCCACUACAAAUUUCACAUGGAGUGUUCGAAAAGUGUUAGCGGUCCCAAGGUGUGAUCUCAACGACUAUUCUAUCUACACGUGGUAGUCCAGUAGAUGGAACGAUAUGUAGCCGUUGUAAGUCAGUUACUGAAGAAAUAUUGCAUCUCGCCUCCAUGAACAAAGACUUCACGAGUCGUCAAAUGCACCUGAUUCGGCACUGUCUCAGUCACCACAUAGUUCAAUCCACUCAGAGGAGAUAUAAACGGAACGCACUUGAAUUCUCCUCAACUUUGAUCCCUCGUGCUUCAUCCAUCCCAGCCUCCGUCCUCGCGAAGUUUGAACUGGUUUUUAUCUUCAUCAAGUUGCAGGACGUGGACAAGGCUAUAUUCUCGGAAGCGAACCUUGCAAUGUCUCCGAGGUUGAUUGUGGUCAAGAUGGCACUCAACUAUGUCAAUCGCCGUAUUCACCUGAGCUUUGAUGUUGACGCGCUCGACCCAAGUGUUGCAUCUCUUCCGAUGCAAAUGUGUUUCGAAGGUCACGAUUAUUCACCAUGUAUCCUGAGUCUGAUACUGCGGACACUCACUACACACGGGCACAGCACGUUGGCUUAUGCAGAUCCUUUAUACAUCGUUUAUCCCGUUCCAUUGGGACUUGGAAUUUAACACAAAGACUUCAGUCUGUUGUAGGAGUAUCCACGACGGGUAGACGAUGUCUUCCUACGUCAAUCUAUUCCAAGUGUGUGGUGGCCUUAUAGGACAUCUGUGAGGCGAUCCAUGA